GCGAGAAUGAAUAAACCAAACAGACCUAUAAAGCUCAGCAAACUCUACCCGCCUGUCACCGUCCUACCUGUCACACUGCGACCUGACACCCUCGGUUUUAUCAGUAUUUUUUAACCUCAUUGAUCCGCAUUAUUCAAAAGAGGCUCAACAUGCGUCAGAAGAUCCUGGUGACAGGAGGAGGCGGAUACAUUGGCAGCCACUGCGUUGUGGAGCUCAUUGAGGCUGGUUAUCACCCUGUGGUUAUUGAUAACUUCAGCAAUGCUGUCAGAGGAGAGGGUGAUGUUCCUGAGAGUCUCCAGAGGGUUGAAAAGUUUCUUAACACUCAGAUUGAGUUCCACGAGCUGGACCUUUUGGAUAAACCUGGACUUGAGAAAAUAUUUAAAAAGCAUUCAUUUGAUGCAGUAAUGCACUUUGCUGGACUUAAAGCUGUUGGUGAAUCAGUGGAACAGCCUUUACGAUACUACAAAGUCAAUCUUACAGGGACCAUCCAUCUCCUGGAGGUUAUGCAGUCUCAUGGGGUGCGUAAUCUGGUAUUUAGCAGCUCAGCUACUGUCUAUGGAGAUCCCCAGAAACUUCCCAUUGAUGAGCAGCAUCCAGUGGGUGGCUGCACCAACCCCUACGGCAAGACCAAAUACUUCAUUGAGGAGAUGAUUAGGGACCAAUGCACAGCAAAAAAGGACUGGAAUGCUGUGCUGCUCAGGUACUUCAAUCCCAUUGGUGCUCACAUCUCAGGGCAGAUUGGUGAGGAUCCACAAGGAAUCCCAAACAACCUUCUGCCUUAUGUUGCUCAGGUUGCUAUUGGCAGGCGAAAUUUUCUGAAUGUGUUUGGAAACGACUACAACACACCUGAUGGAACAGGUGUGAGAGAUUACAUCCAUGUUGUGGAUUUAGCAAAGGGGCACAUAGCUGCCCUCAGGAAACUAAAGGACAGUUGUGGCUGUAAGGUUUAUAACCUGGGCACAGGUACAGGCUACUCAGUGCUAGAGAUGGUGAAAGCAAUGGAAAAGGCCUCAGGUCGAAAGAUUGCCUAUCAGAUUGCUCCUCGGCGGAGCGGGGAUAUAGCCUCUUGCUAUGCUGAUCCCAGUCUGGCAGAGAAAGAGCUGAGCUGGAAAGCUGAAUAUGACUUGGAGAGAAUGUGUGAGGAUCUAUGGCGCUGGCAAUCCAAGAAUCCUACAGGAUUCAGUAACGGAACAGUGCCUUGAAAGUGAGGAUUUCAGACCCUUGCAUGAAGGGAAUUCCUUCUAUGACAAAGAUCUGGGCCAAAAUGCAACAUGAAGUCUUGGUUUUAUAUAUAUAUAUAGUCUUUUAUUUUAUGUACAUUUAUUAUACUACAACAGAUCUGAAGCCGAAUUGAUUUAAUUUCCAGCAAAUACAACAUUUUGCCUAAUAAUUUCUAAUUUACAAAAGUCACUUCAUCUCAGUUUUUAUCAAUGUAAACUGAAUGAGAUAACCUAUUUAUAACCCAAAAUAAUUUAUACUUUCCUAUAAUAAAUUUAUUUCAUUUGA